AUGGGUAGAAAAUCGGAUGGACACCGCAGUGGAGGUUCGCAGCGCAGAGAUCCCACGCCCAGCAAGCAGGAGAUCAAGCAGGAGAUUGUCGAUGAUGAUGGAAAAUCCUUUUUGCGCGCCUUCUCUCCAGCGCCGCCCAGCUUCUCGCGCUCCCCAAAGGCGUUCGGCAGUGGAUCCGGCGCGCCCACCACUCAGGCGCAGGCGCAUCGCCCUGCCACUGCCAACGCCCCGCUGGCCCGUGCCACCCCUACCAGAAUUUCUGAAGCCUCUCAAAAAAUUCCUGUCGCGCUCAAGUUCAGGUCUCCCAUCACGCCCUCGAAAAAGGUCACGUUCGCCCCGCGUCCGAUUUUCGAACCCAGCCCUGGCACAAUGGCACCGCGCAAGCUCGACGGAGUUCACUCGCUGAACGCGCUGCUCGAGGCAGGCAGCAAGGAACCCGCCCAGACCAAGGGCAAGUUCACCAAGACCGCCAAGCCCAAGGCCGACAAGAAGUUCGACCCUCGUGCAGACGACUCUGACUCCGAAUCGUCCAGCGCCGACAGCGAUAGCGAUGACGAGCCAUCCCCAGGCUUUCUGGCUAGCAUCAAUGGCCAUGUGUCUCCCAAGAAGUCUGCCGACACUCCCUUGAAGAAGGCCAAGCGUGGCAAGGACGAUGAGGUUGCCGAUAGCGACGUCGAGCGCACCGCCUCGUCCGCGAAGGCCAAUGCUACCAAGAAGAAGCCUACGAGACCCGAGAGCUCCUCUGAAGACGAGUCUUCCUCUGCCGAAGCCGAGGAGCAGUCCGACUCAGACUCCGACUCCAGCGACAGCGAUAGCGAGUCCAACAAGAAGCCGGCCCAGAAGGUGACCGAGAAGGCAAAGGCGGUUGAGAAGGCCGCCAGCAGCAGCUCCUCCGAGUCGGAGAGCGAGUCUGAGAGCGAAGCCGAGGAGACGAGCAAGCCCGCGGCCAAGCCAGCAACAAAGCCUGCAGCAAAGCCUGCUGUCAAUGGCACCAAGUCGACCAAGGCCGCUUCCACCAGCUCCAGCGAAAGCUCGAGCGAAGAGGAGUCUAGCGACAAGGAGUCCAGCAGUGAAGAGGAAUCCAGCUCCGAUAAGGACGGCAGCUCUGACUCCGACUCCGACGAUGAGGUAGAGGAGCCUGCUGCGGUUGUUACUCAACGCACUGGCAAGGAGCUCAGUGUCCCUGGCUUCGUUGGAAAGGACUUCAUCCUCAGAAAGGCUCAGGGCGAUGAGGACGGAAAGGACAUGGUCGACUUCUUCGCCAAGGCCAGGGUCGAUGGCAAGCAGCUCUGGUACUUUACCGCUCCUGCUUCGGUCCCAAUCAACGUCAUCGAGAAGCUUGAGAUCCCUAUGGAUAAGGUCAAGAAGGGGCAGCCAAUCUUCAAGCACAACUCGGAGGACUAUACUGUCGAUCAGGAUGAUGGAAGCACGUCGAUCCAGCUGAUCAUUCCCAACAAGAAGGGAGCCCGCUAUGAACCAGCUCCUCACAAGGUUGACAACGUCCUCCACUUCAAGCGCGUCACGCAGCUGCCCGGCGGCGACCCCCGUGUGAACACGCGCGCUAUCGAGCCGAGCGCCGUCCGCCCCCAACCCCCGAACCUGACCGCACGAUUCCGUCCCAUCGGUGUCACUGACAAUACCCCCAUGGGUAACAUCGGAGUGGAUGCCUCAUCCGACGAGAGCGACGUCGAGAUGACCGCGGCCCCCGCAGUGUCCAGCUCCAAGAAGUCCAAGCAGGCUGCCAAGUCGCAAGACGCCAUGGACAUUGACGAGCCCACUCCCAAGGCCAAGAAGUCCUCCAAGAAGGAGAAGAAGUCCAAGACGGCCAGCGAACCCGCCCAAAACUCUCAGUUCACCAUCAUCGAGGUGCCCAACUCUCAGCCCCUUACCUCCAAGAAGGAGAAGAAGAGCAGCAAGAAGCGACGCGAUAGCAUCGAGUCGAUCUCGAGUGUUGGCUCCAACCCCAAGCCUGAGCCGAAGAAGGCCGCGGCCACCCCCAAGUCGUCGAAGCGCAAGCACUCCUCCGAGGACGACCAGGAUUCUGCUUCCGCUCAGCUGGAGCAGGAGACCUUGUCCGCCGAGAAGAAGGCUAAAAAGGCAAAGACAGAGACUGCCAUUCUGCCUCCCACCAUUCCCAAGGCCGGCUUCUCCUUCUCCAGCCUCGGCAGCCCGACUCCCACCUCGACUCCUCAGUCGACCAAGUCCAAGAGCUCGAAGAAGACCAAGGAGACCCCUAUUCAGCCCCCCAAGCGCCAGUCGAUUGUGCCCAUUCCCAUGCCAGGCGUGAAGAUGGCUUCGCCUGCCGCCGCGGAGACGCCCAAGGAGAAGACCAAGCGCAAGUCCAAGUCGGACAAGAAGGAGACGCCCGUUCCCGCGCCCAAGUACUAG